CCCUCUCAUCUUCUAGUUGAUUCCUCUUUCGGUUUCCUUCGAUCGCCAUAGCCAUGGAAGCCGGAUGUUCAGGCAGAAGGCGUUGCCGAUCCCAUAAGCUGCGAAAUGGGUUUUUCUCCAGAUUUCUUUGUUACACAAGGAACAGCAGUGGUGAUGAAGAUCGCAUAAGCCCCAAGAAGAGUCUGUCUUCUACUUCUUCUUCUUCGGUUUCUUUAAGGUCGUACGAUCGUGGCGGAUCCGAAGAACGCCAACCCCAUUUCUUGGAAGCUUGUUUCCUCUGCAAGGAGCCUCUCAGGUGGAACACAGAUAUAUUCAUGUAUAGAGGGGACACGCCGUUUUGUAGUGAAGAAUGCAGAUACAAACAGAUAGUGAUUGAUGAGGUUAAUGAGAAGAGAUUGAAGCUUUCUGCAACACCAAAAGCUUUGCGUACAGGCACUGCGGUUGCUGCCUGAGAUCGAUCACCUUAUGAUAAUCAUAUACAAAUGGUGGAAAUCCAUGGAGGAAAGAAGAGGGAGGAAGAAGAAGGAAAAAUAACACAAUUUUCCAAUUUUUUAUUCAGUUUUAACUGUAAAAUAUCAUGUAUUGAUUUUAUUUUGUUUCACCUUAAGAUCCUCGUAAUAGUUCUCAGAUUUGUUUUCAUGAUUCAAUUUCGUCAAGUUAUAUG